AAUGAAUCUCAAUUUCCUCUAGAAGGCAUGCUCAACUCACAGUAUUCUUUGGGUUCUUGAAGCAUCUUCACCCUGGGAGCUUGCUGACAUUAUUCUGUGAUCAUGGUAAAAGCAUCUUCCAGUGUAUACUGACUUUGUCAUCAGCAUCAUGAAGUUUUAUUGGUAAACAGAAUAUGACAGCUCCGGAACAACAUUUUGACUUUGCUUGACACAGACACACAUGGAAUGGAUAAGUCAGGGAACAGAAUCUUAUCAAGAGUGUCUGUGAAUCACCAUGAUGAUUUUAUCCAGGGCAAGGAGUUGAUCGGGCUUGGAUAGUGAAACAUCUCAGAACAAGUGUGAAGACAAGAAAACACUAAAAAGAAUGGGUUAGACCUGGAGAUUUCUCUGCAGUUAUUGGUUGUGUUUUUCUGCAAGGUGCUCGAUGGUUUGGUAAAAGAAACUGUGCUACCAGUCUUCAAGUUCAGGGAUGCUCAUCUUCUGUUUUUCAUAAGUAAUACCAGAGCAGUAGCAAUGUGUCUAUACAUAUGGAAUAAGGGAUAUUAUUCAUGUUUAUUGAACUUGAAAGGAUUUUUCUCUUCAGUCGAGAGGGUGGAAGAACUUUGAAUUUUUCUAAGAUGGAGGAUAUUUUCUUUCCUUGGCUAGAUCUGAUGGUCUAUUUCUCUGUCUGCAUCGGACUCUGGUAUUUCGUGUCACUGCAGGAUUUGCGUGACGAGUGCCUGAAGCUGCAUGGUAGAGUACGAGAUCUGGAAGUACAGAAUCGGAAUCUAAGGUGCCUCUUUGAUCAGAAUAGAUUCAAGCAAUCCAUCCCUUCUCCAUCACAGUCUUCUUCACAUCAGCAAUAUGUUUCCUACGGCAGUACCUCACCAGGUUUGGCAGGUUGUUCAAUACCAGUCCUUACACCCUCAGCAUCUUCCCAUUCUUCACCUUCAUCAGCCUCACCUGGUCUCUAUGCACCCUUCAACCAUCCACUGAGGACCACCAAACAUCAACGGUCAGAACCUGGUCCUUCUGGCUCAACCCCAGAGGGUGGCAAGGAUCCACCGCUUAGCCCUCGCUUGUUGCAGGGACAGGCUCCUAAGAAGCUUGACCACAGUGGUUCCCCAGUGAAGACAACAGACCAGUCCAAAGAAACCAACCCUCAGUGUGACACUUAUCAAAGGCUAGUCAGGCAACAAUAUCAGCAAUACCGUCAUCACCAUUCCCAACAGCAGCUUCAACAACAACGCACACUACCUCAAGAGAUCCUUAGACAGCUGUCGGCUCCAGCCAAUUAUCCAGCAUCGUCCUCUCCACAUCACGCAAUGCAACAGGGUAGGACACCAGCAAUCAGGGGCUUGGAUCAGAUGUACCCCUUCCUCCCAUACCAGUGUGAAGUGUCUGGGGUAGAAGGUGCAGGUGAGGGGAUGGGUAUGGAAGACUACUCUUGGUCCACAAGUCCUUCAGAUGCAUUUCCGUCGUCCAUGGGGCAUUCCUCUUUGCCGAAUACUCCAGGAAGGAUGGGUGUCUAUGAUGAGGCCUUGAAUGGUAACAUGCCUCUCAGUGGAAGCCUCGGGGCUAGGAUCGCUAAAAUGCAAGUGAUGGGAGAGGAUAGGCUUGAGAGGAACUCACCACCAGAAGUGCAGGAUGGGCGCAAUGGAUACAUCCUCGGGGACCAAUACACUAAGCCUUAUGUUCAUGCACCAUUCCAUUAUGCUCAAAGUCUUCUCAAGGAGCUACAAGAGAUAAGUGCCAGCGUUAAAAGCUUUGAAAGUCUCACUCUAGAACCUAAAGCCAGUCACCAGCAGAAAAGGAAAGCAAACGAUGGCCAACCUGUCCUGCAACGUCAGAAACUUGCCAAAAACUUUUCACCAAGUGCUUCCAAUGCAAGCAGCGAGUCUCUCAAUAGUGCUACCUCUCCAAAACAUAUGAUGGACAGCACAAGUAGUAUGACAAGUACAGAGAGCAUGGAAACAACUUUAGAGAGGAUUCCACCGACAGUUCUGUCUCAUGGUAGUCCUCUAAGACAAGAACAUCAUCUUCAAUGGAGACCUGAGUAUGGAGGAAACAAGGUUCCUGAUAGAACUUCUCAAUUCCCUCCUGAUACCCCAUCACCUCCUACCACAGACAUUGAACCAUCAGAAAGGGACUAUCAGCACUCUCGCUAUUUGCGGAAUAGACAACACAGUGGUGGGUCAUGUCCAGAAAGAGAGUCAUCAUCCAGGGAACAUGAAUCAGAUAGCAAGGGUGAUAUCAGUCUCUCUUCUGGUAAGGGUAAUGUGAACAAGGCCAUUGAUCGGUAUCAGGAGAAGGUUAAGAAUGCAAUGAGUGGGAGAAGAGACAAUCAACAACUUCCUGUCAAGAAUCAGAUGCCUGCUCUCAGCAUGAGAGACAAAGAUGCUAUUAAUGAGGCUCAAAGGAACUUACAAAUAUCUCAAGAUAAUGAAAUGGCUUGCGGAAAGGUCUCACAUCAGCCUGUCAGAGAUGAUGGAAUAAAAGGGUCGUAUUCUGUACAAGAUUCAAGCUGUUCAAGGUCAGUCUUUGGCAGGGUAAAAGCACAGGUGCAGAGCAGCAGUACUGGAUAUUCAUCUGAGAAGACAAAGUCCGAUGAGGAUAUUCUCGAAAGUGUAACUACCCAGGUAAAACCUAAGCUGAGUAGGCAACGUGCAGCUGAAUCAGUGAAUCAGAAUGUAGAGAUGCUGGCAGGAGAGGGCAGCACGCAUCUUUGUCAAAAUUUAGCAGAGAGUCCGCUGGAAAAGAGCCAAGCAUCAAGGCAAGCUUUGUCACAGUUGAGAGACAAUGACCCUGAUGACAUGUCUAGUCCAAUUUGGAAGCGCAAGUCACAGAUGGAAGCAUAUAGGUUAGAUGGAGAUGAAAAGAGAGGGGACGGGAGAGAUGAUGUUGAUGAAAGUGAAGAUACAGACUCAAGAGUUGCAUCAUUUAUGACAGCUCCAGAUGUAAAAGGCAAAGAAGAAAAUGGAAAACUUUUAUCAAAAUAUGGAAAUGAAGCAAACUGCAAAUUAUCUCCAAAGCAUUACGUUGGUAAAAUGCAGUCUCCUAAGUCUUGUAGAAAGUCAAGUUUACCACUCCCCACCCCAUCUGCUGUUACUGUGGCAACGAGUAAGCCAUCUGGAGCAGGUCUGUCGCAGAGUGUGGGAUCAAUUGCUAAAGCAGAUGUCAGUGUGGUAAAUGGGAUGAAAUCAGCGCAGAGUGGAGAUGCAGGGCUAGAUAGAUUGGAUACGAGUAAAGCAGUAAUGAGAGAUGAAAGCAGUACAACAGCAGGAACAAAGGAUGAGACUGCUUGCAAACCAUUACUGUCAAAAGUAGAGGCAGGGAAUGAUCAAGGGAGUAAGAGUGUGGUGAAGGUACAGGGUAAUGUAGUAGGAGCAGAGAAGAUGAGGCAACAAAUCCCAGUCAGGACUAGCAGAGAAGCUACAGAAUCUCUCCUGCAGAAGACAAAGAUGCAGUUCAAUCGUGGGGAGGUUGGGAGAUGUUCUCUCGGGGCCAAGAUGACACAACUAUCCAAGAAAGGUGCACCGUCUCCAUCAGAACGCCCGUUAUUAUCCCACAAUGCAACAGGACGUGGCCCUCUUGCCAUGGCUGCCUCUGCCAAGGCUGUGGAUGUACCUGUAUUGGAAUCAUCGCCACGGUUACCAGGAAGACGGCAGAUGACACCUGAGCAUCUACGCAAUGAAAGAGAUUCUCUUGGAGACAUGGUUGAAUUCACUUCUCAAAGCAUUGAGGAGAGAGCAUCAGUCCAGAGUAUGUCAACUGAGUCUCUUCAGUCGGGUAACUCCUUAGGAUCAUCAGCAGAUUGGGAUUCUCCUAGCAAGAACAGUUCCACCUCUCAGCAGGCUUCUACCCCACUGGGCAAUUUGUUAUCAAGUGACUCUGAAUCCGAGGAAGAAGAAGAGAGUGUAAACUUUGUUGAUAUGUGGAAGGCUCGGUCUACUCCACCCAUUAAACUACCAGACUGGGAUCCUAAUAAGAGCAUUGAAGAACAUAGAAAGAGGAUGAGAGAGUCAUUAGAAAGAACAGAGAGUGCCAGUUCUGCAUCUAGUGAGCAGUGGAUCCUCAGUUAUCCUAUACCAGAUGACCCAUCAACCAGAUCAGGACCAAGCAGCAGACAAAGCAGUGUUGGUAGUAUGACCAGGCAGGAUUCUUCUAAUUCUAGAUCAGGAGUCGCAUGUGAUGAAGAUAGGAAGAUACUCCAAGAACUCUUGGAGAAGGAGCAUAAAGCGCAGAGUAGGAGCACCAGCAGCGAUAGCAGUCCAGAGGGGAAGAAAGAGAAGCAGCAAGUCAUAGGUUCAAACCACAGCUUGGGUGAUACAUCCAUCAUGUCUGAUUUUGUAUCAAGCAUAAUGGCAGAGGUGAAGUUGGAAGAUGCGACUGCAAGAGGAAAAUCCAAAUCAAAAGGGUCCAAAGAUGAUUUGACAAGACCCAAGAAGCUUCUUAACAGUCCAUUCAUUAGAUCUCAGAGUAUGAGAGCUCCACCUAAACCAUCAAGACCGGAAAGGACAAGAAUACCAAGUGGUGGAAACAUGGACAAAGGAAAGGUUAAUUCAAGUAUUCCAAAACCACAGUCUCAUAGUAACAAAUCUCUUGCAAGUGUCAAGAAAUUGGACACACCUAGUACUAAACCGUCAAAAACUGUUCAGAAUCAUUCAUCGAGUGAUAGCAAAAAGAAUGGAAGUGGGCUGACAAGAACUUUCAUGUCCAAAGCUUUAUCAAGAACUACUAAUAAAAGUGCAUCAGACAGUCCGACUUCAAAUCAAUCACAGUGUGAAAUGACGAGUCCUACUGCUUCAGAAAAGUCUGGAGGAAAGAGUAAAAAAGCAAAUUCAAAAAGUGGGAAAGGAAAAGGCAAAGGGAAUGACUGUACACCAAAGGGAAAAUCAACUACUUCGGGUGCCAAAGACCCUGGAUCAGCUAAUAAAGAUUCCAAGAGUAAAAGUAAAAUACCUCAGUUAAUCAGACAGGGUUUAAAACAAAGUCCCGGAAAAACUGAUUCAACAAAGAAAAAAGGUCAACAGAGGAAAGAAAUUGUUGUUGAGUCUCCAAAAACAGCACCAGCAGGGAGCGAAAUGCUAAGAACAGAAAAAUCAUCCAAUUACAACACGAGUGCUUUCACAGAAGUUGCUCCGCUCACCAAGCAGCCAAGUUUUGUCGUGGACAAUGUGCCUUUCAUUGAUGAUUCUUCUAGAAGUCCUACCAAAAAUGAGAAUCCCAACAAAACCCCAUCACCGAAUGAUGAGAAAAAUCUUUUCACAAGCCACUUAGACCAGCAAGGUGAAGCACUCUGUGGACAAUCUCCCAAACUAAGUCCUCGACUUCUUCAGAGACUUCGUGCCAGUGGUAUUGAGCUUGCAAACAGCAGUGGUUCGGACAAUGACUCUGUCUUCCUUCCCGAUGAACCACGUCCUAGCACAUUGCCGAUUGACUCGGUACACACCUGUCCUAUGGGCAAUGGUAAUGUUACAAAGCAAUGCCAACAGCCAGAAAGAAGAGAAAAUGGUUCCACUUCAGAACUGCACCUAGAUCAAAAGGAGAUUGAAGACAUUAAGAAUGGACUCCUUGUAAGUGAAUCAGAUGCUCUCAGUAUUGGCAGCUGGAGUGCCAAGUCAAGUGAAUUUGGGCUCAAGAAUUCAUUUUUGUUUGGGAAUGGGGAUUUGGGAAAUGUUGGGACACCAAGCAACAGAAGUCUUGGUCGAGGAAGCCUUGACAGGGGAAGUAUAGGAAGAGGAAGUCUUGAAAGGGGGAGUACUGGGAGAGGGAGUCUAGCACCUUCUGUCUCAUCGAACCCUGAAGAUUCUACAGAAUUAGGAAGGACGGCAGAUGAUGAGGUGGAUCCCAAGAAAUAUGAUGUUCCUUUGGUAUCCACAGAGAUGAUGGAAGACUUUGAAGCAGAAGAUCUCUGUGAUGAAGAUGGGAUGAGCAGUGAUAGAGAGAAAGAGGCACAGCUCACUGAAAAGGAACGAGCGAACCUUCUUGAUUCUCUCUUUGAGAGUGAUGAUAGUGAUGGAGGUCUUGAUGGCUUCUUAGAUGAAUCCAACGAAUCUCUGCUUGACAGCCACCCUGAUGAAAAAGAGUUCAUGAAACUCCUUGGCGACAAAGGAAUGAAGAGACAAGUGGUACGUCAAUCUGUAUACUGUCGAGUGUCCCUCAUACAAAUGGAUGUCUUCUCUCUCUACAAUCGCUUUGAUGAUCAGGAGAAGGAAGCUCUGGCAUGCUUUGACUUCCUAGAAGAGAUGCAUGCAAACAAUGCCGGUGAGACACACUUCACUGAUGACCAUCCUUUCUCUGUGAUCAGUCCAGGUGUUAGGAGUGGUAACUCUGAUAAUUAUGAUGGCAGCGGUGGGAUAAGUGAUCACUUUGGUAGUAAGGGUACAAUCAAGGAUUGCUUUGAUACUAGCCUCAUGCAGGCAGGUGAUGCUACUAGUAGUCUCUUUGGAGAUGACCCAUCAGAUGCCACUCUUGUUGGUGAAUCAUUCACUUCCAAAGGUUCUAUAGGAGAGAGCUUACAUGAGAACAGUGGAGACUUUACUGAGCACUUUGAUGGAGAUAGUUUCAGCAGCCGACAUAGCAACAAGGUCUUUGAUGGCUGCUAUGCUAUUGGCGACUUCAGCGAUCACCUUGGCAACAGGAGCAAUCUCUGUUCCAGUAUGUCCUCCUCAUCAACAGCUAGCUUGUCUUCCCAUGAAUAAUAUUUAAAAAUAUCUCAGCUUUUUUGCACUUCAUAACAUUUUGUAUCCCCAAACCUGCUUGCCCCAAAUUUGAGCCUCCAUUUUUAUAUACCAUUUGUAAGUUUGAUAAAUAUCCCCAUGUUUUACUUUGUCAUUUGUGAAGUUCUUUUGAUAACUUUUUGUAAACUGUAUCAAAUUUUCAAACUAAAUGAAAUGUUGGUUGUCAGUCAAUAACUGUUUUUAUCAAAGUACCUUCAAUUCAUUAGUUAUCAUGUUACCUGUAAAUUGUUAGACUGCUAUGUUCAUUACAAUGUAUGUUGAACUGCAGAGUUCAAAUGUUUUCAUAAUUAUGCAGCAAAAUUCUCAUCAAAAAAUAAGUUAUUAAAGGGUCUAAGAAUAAUUUUAAAAUUUUGUUGGUCCUAUUUUAGGUUAGUUAUAAAGAAUGGAUGAAUUUUGUUUUUUUAAUAUGUCAGUGCAACCAGUAAACAUCUGAUUUUUAACAAAUUCAGUUUUUCAAAUUUCAAAAUCAAAAGAAGUAAAACAUUUUUUUUAGUUGUAAAAAACACUGUUCAAAUUUAGCUAAGCCCCAACAUUUGACUCUUAAGACAUUUAUCUUAAAAUCUAGAGAUGUCUUAUUUUGCUGUAUAUUUAUUAAUUACUAAUGUCUGAACCACAUUGUUCCACUCCUAAAACCAUCAUAGAGAAUGAUUUUCUUACUAUGUACUUAAUAAAAGUCAUCUCAAUUACUUUCUGUAUGUGACAACUACCUCAUGAAUUGUUUCAAAGUGCCACUUGACAUUAACAGAAUUCAGUCUUACAAAACAUGAAAUGGCGUCAGGCUUUCAUGUUGAACAUCUUUUAGAUUGGUUGCCAUUUCAACUUCACACUUAAUCUUCUAUUUAAAGGGCAAAGUCUGGAGGUAGUUGACAUCAAAACAUGACAGUAGAAUUAUUGUAUCUUUUUUUCUUGUUGGUUUUAUGUGAACUUUGAAGUAAGUAUGUGUUUUAGGAUUUGUGCAAUAUUUGUUUAGAGUUUGUGAUGUCAUCAUGAUAAUCUUUAACUUUAUUAUGUUUAGUCUUUACUUUGUUUGUACUGGUUCUGUUUGUCAAAGUUCUGGACACACUGUACAUGUAUCGUGCCUAUGACUACCGUCAGGUAUCUAUUAAAGAGAUGUUUGCAGAGAUAGAUAAUUACGUAGGACAUUGCAAAAAUAAUGACUUUAUAAUCUUUUGAAGAUUACAUGAUGUUGAAUACUAAACAAGGAUAUCUCUUCAGAAAUACCAUUGGAACAAUAGGCUGUUAGAACUGUAAAUGAUGCAUUACUAGAUAUAAUCUUGUUCAGCCAGUGUUUUCUUUUCUUCAAAACUAAAAAUAUGAUUGGAUAUCUAAUUGUUAUCAUCAACUUAUGCAAGUAUGAUUUAAUUUGCGGAAUGUAGAAAAAAUAAAGCUGUAAUAGUUGUUAAGACAAAGAAGAUAAUUGCACAGUUUUGAUUGUUUAUCAACAUAGAAUCUCUGCAACACUCUUGCUUUCUAUGCAUUAAUCCAUCUUGGACAUGUCUCACUCGUCAUUCUCACUUGAUUUAUAAACCCAAUCUAUACAAGGUAACUCAGGAACAUGUAUUAUUUGUGCCAUUGGGGAAAUGGCGAUUUCAGUUCACAGCAUUGACUUCAUAACCUUUUUUUGUUCAUCUACUUAUUCAUAUAUUACUCUUUAAAUAUCUACAGGGAAAAUAUUGACAGCAUUGCCUUCUCUACUUUACGUUUAGAGAAUAUGUAUUGUUUGGUGCUAAAUUUUGCAUUUCAAACAUAGGAAAUUUAUUUAUAUAUUUUUUUUAAUUCAGCUCUUCUCGUUUCAGGAUUCGUGGAGUGUCAUGGGGCAGACUUGUUGAUUCAAUUUGAAAAGGCUGGUUAUUAUUUUAUUUAUUUUAGAAAAAAAUUAACCUAAUCAAUAAGAUUAAGUGUGAAAUUAAAUUUUGUUUAAGUUAAAGCUAGUGUGGUUUUAAUGUUUGACAUUAAAUGUAACCAUUACUUAACACUGCUUUUUAGAGAAAAGAAAUGUAAAGAACGGUAGCAAGUGUGUUCAGUUCUGCCUGAAUUCUGGAGGGGAAAAAUAGUAAUAUUGCAAAGAAACUUGCAUGAAAUGCGACCAAGUAUAUAUUCUUUCUUGGAAACUUACAUUUAUCAAAAUGGAUAUUAUUCUAAAAGAACAUACAUGACUGCAGAUAUUGUUUCUGUGUAUAGAAGAGUAAAUAGCUGUAAAAAGAUAGAUAAUAUAUGUGAAUCAGCAUGUGUAUGUAUUCAUAUUUAUGUACAUUAGAUUAAAUAUUCAUUAAUACCACAAGUGGAGUGGGAACUAUAUUUUCCUUUAAUAAGAAAAUUAAAGAAAUUAAAAUUGAAAUCA